AGAAGAAGAACGAGUUUCGCGUCAGCAGUGUUCUUUGAGCUAAGCUAAGCUAAGCUCUCAGCAGCGAUGCUGUUUUCUCUAGACUUGGAAAGCAGCCAAGCAACGUCAGGGAUGACCUGACGAUGACAUCAUCUUAUUUCUCUGGCCCCUUCCUGCAUCACCUGAUGGGUGACGGGUACCACAACUCCCGCACACUUUACUAUUGACUGAGUAUUGACUGUCACUGUCCUACACCCUGAGCUCAACUCUUGUCCUCACUGCAGCGUCCUCUGUCUUCCGAGUCCUCAGACAGACUUGGACCGAGCUCUGCUCGCUCACACCUCAAAUCACAGAGGCUGUACCAGGAGAUUAAAAAAGACAAUGUAUUGCUUACAGUGGCUCCUUCCUGUGCUGCUCAUCCCAAAGCCGCUGAACCCGGCGUUGUGGUUCAACCACUCCAUGUUCAUGGGCUUCUACCUGCUCAGCUUCCUGCUGGAGAGGAAGCCCUGCACCAUCUGUGCCUUAGUCUUCCUGGCCGCCCUCUUCCUAAUCUGCUACAGCUGCUGGGGAAACUGCUUCCUCUACCACUGCCACGACACUGCACUGCCCAACGCCGCCCAUGACCCGGCCAUUGUCGGCACCUAGGAGAGAGGAGCAGGUGUGCGGUGACGUGUGGGUGAAGGGCUGAGAUGGCUUCUUCUGGGUGUUAUUGUGGCCGGAUUCUGCCGUGCUGUGGGAGGGGGCGGAACUACACUUUAGCAUAACUGGGAGAAUAUGGUGAUUGCUUUAGGAGAGUACCAUGGAGGACGCUCAGCCAACUGAAACACGAGGACAAAAUCUGUGAAAGCCAUUUACCAAACUGAGAGACAGGGAGAUGAUGGGAGCAGACGUCGCGGCUACAAGAGAACAAACUUCAAUUUUGCUUCCAGCAACUUUUGAUUCAGUCAUUUGCAAAACCAGUCAGAGGCCAGACUGCAGGAUGGUCUUUGUACAGAAUUUUUUAAGGC